AUGUAUGAUAUAAUACCUAUACGAUAUAAUGACAUUGUAUGUUGGUGGCCCCUAUUAACCUUUGAGGAGGUUUUUAAAACUGCUGUUUUUGAUUGGGGAAAGUGUCUUCAAUUCCCCAGGCCCGGAUUGGUUAUUCUUACGGCUUUUUUAUUAGCGAAUACUUCGGUGCAUAUUCUUGGUCCUCAGCUUUUUAACGCCAUUAAUAACUUUUUCACUACUGCUUCUCUUCCUAGAGGUGUUAAGGCUUGUGCUAUAACUCUUAUUCCGAAAUGUUCUCAUGCUUCUAGCAUCAAUGACUAUAGGCCUAUCUCACUUUAUAACAUCAUUCUUUCUUCUGAAAUUCUUAGGGUUUUCAAAAGUUCUCAUAAGCGGUUUUGUGCUAAACUUGAUAUCAGAAAAGCUUUUGAUUCUGUUUCGAGGGAAUUCUUGCUUGCUAGGAUGUUACAAAAAUGUUUUCCUCACAUCUUUGUUUCAUGGAUAAAAGCAUGUAUAUCUGAUGUUUACUUCUCCAUCUGUCUGAAUGGAUCUCUUGAGGGGUUCUUUAACUCUACUUCUGGGCUCCGUCAAGGAUGUCCUCUAUCUCCUUUAUUAUUAUGUGUUGUGAUGGACGGGCUUUCUAACAUUUUGAAUAGAAACACUAUUUUUAAGGGGAUUGCUUAUAAAGACGUACACAUCAAUCACCUUAUGUAUGCUGAUGACUUACUGGUGUUUGGGGAGUCUACCAAAGAUAAUGCUGAGGCUCUCAAAUCUAGCCUGAUGGAAUUUAGCUCUUAUUCUGGACUCUUUAUUAAUGAAGCCAAAAGUUCAAUUGUUUUCUCUCACAAUGAUAAUUUGGCCCAAUUCAUUUCUGCGACUCUUGGUAUUCACCAAGUCAACACCUCCCUUACUUAUUUGGGACUCCCCAUUUCCUCUAAAAGACUUAAAAAUACUCACUUCCAACCACUACUGAGCAAAAUUUCUGCUCUACUUGAUGGUUGGAAAAAUAAGUUUCUUUCCUUUGCAGGUAGAGUGCAAUUUAUUAAAUUCACCGUGAUAAAUACAAUUGCUUACUGGAUUAGAGGUGCAAUUAUACCCAAGUCUUGUUGUGCCUAUAUCAAUAAGAUUUGCUCAAGGUUUUUGUUUCACAGCAAUAUUCAUGAGAAGAAAUUGCACCUUAUUGCUUGGGCUAAAGUCACUUUGACUAAGCAUUAUGGCGGGCUGGGCAUUCCAUCUAUUGAAGCAUUAUAUCAUGGGGUUUUUUGCUCUUUCAUAGGCAGAUUUUAUAAUGCUCACAACUAUUUAUGUAGCUGGUAUAAAUCUAAAUUUAUCUCUCCCUGGAAGAAUCCUCCGGUCACUGCUUCCAAAUUUUGGAAGAAAAUUAAUGCUACUGCUGCCAAAAUCAGGGGUUAUAUCACCUUCACUGUGUCUAAUGAUUGCAACUUUUCUUUUCUUUGGGACCCUUGGUUUAAAGACAUGAUUCUUGCUGAACAGUUUGUGAUUCCAAACUUAGAGGAGAAACUUGUGAAAGAUUUUAUUACUAAUGGCACCUGGAACUUUCCCCCUAAUACUCCCUCUAAUCUUACUGCUUCUAUUGCGGGUUUGAACAUGAAUGAGGUGUCUGCUAUACUUUGGAAUGGUUCUACCAACUGGAAAUUUAAGGAUUUCAUUGAACACUUUCAUUCUCAUCUCACUAAGGUGGAUUGGUUUGGGUCUGUCUGGCAUAAAAAGCACUCGCUUAGAUAUGCUUGCUUUGCCUGGAUGGCAUUGAUUGGAAAACUUAAAACAGCGGACAACUUAAUUUAUAGAGAAAUUCACAUUGAUCCACAAUGCUUCCUCUGUUCCAGUUCGACUGAGAGCCAUGCUCACUUGUUUUUUGAGUGUGACUUCUCUUUUAACAUUCUCAAGUACAUCCUACCUGAUUUUAAUGUUUUUCUGCUGAGACCUAACUUAAUUCAGGCUUUUGAAUUUAUUGCUCAGCAUGAUUUUUAUUCUAGAACUGAGAAGGAUUUUUGUUGCUUAACUACCUGGGAAGAUCAUUUUGGGGCCUUGGCUGUUGCUCUUUUUCUGCCAAGUCCGGUUCGCCUUUUUGAAGAACAUGGUGCUCAUUUCUUGGGUUUACUGUUAUGGCAUUUUUGCUUCCGUGGGAUACUACAGCUGGGUGCAAUCUUACAAUUGGACAAUGAUGUGAAGAACCAGAUCUUCAGCUACCCUGGACGGCCUGCCUGGCAACCGGGCAGGUAUUUUUUCUAUUAUGCUGGAUGGCUCCGCGAUGGCCAUCAUCUAAUUAUUUGGCAACUGGAGCCUCUGCUGUGCCGAAGUGGGUUAUACUCUGAUGGCUUAAUCCGAUGCAUUUGUUCUGGUUCUUUUAUUUAUACUGAGACUUCUUAUUGUAAUUCCCCAGCUGUUGUAGCCUUCCACGGCUUUGCCGUUAGUUCUUGUUGUUUUCCUUUUCUAUCUUCCCUACAGGUUUUCUGGUUUCUGUAA